AUGAUUAUAAGCCAAAGAAAAAAAGACCUUGAAAUUGGUACAUUCGAGAAAGAAAUACAUGAAGAAUUGGAAAGGGUAUACAAGAGUGAAAAGUUUUACAAAUACGCUAAUGAAGAAAAUUUUGAAAAGUUUGCAUAUGAAGGUAAAGAAGACAUAACCGAUUAUAAAAUAUUUUACGAUAGUAUCACUACUCAGUCAAAGGACAGAAAAAAUAACUCAGGUAUCAUAUAUAAUAGUAUUAAUUCAAUAAGGUCCUUUAAAAAUUUUAUAGGAAAGGAAAUACCUAUUCAAAAGGAACCUCAUUACAAUAUCAUUCCCGCAAAUGUAAAAAUUAAACUGAUAUCAGUAAAGAGGCAUGGCAGUUAUGCCCAUGGUACAUAUUGUACAUAUUGUGCAUUAAGUACAUAUCAUACGAACUGCACGUACUGCAUCCAUUGCAACAGUUACAACUGCGGCAAGGGCGUUGUUGCAAGAAUAGAUGAGAUAAGGAAUACACUUAGUUGUAUAAAGAAUAGCCUUCACGCUAAGAAAAAAUUAAAAAAAAAGAAGGAAAAUGUACAUACCAUGGUAGACAUAGAUAGCAUUAAUUUGCUUUCUAACUUGGAUCGUGUACGUAAUAAACUUGGUAAAAUAAUAAAAUUUGUAGAAGUGUCGGAUGAAAAUUUUUGUGAUAACAUGAGAUAUUACAAAUAUAUUUAUAACUGCUUUACAAAAUCGGGAGAAAUGAAUAUUUUUGAUAUAAUACGAAUGAUGAAAAAGAAUGAAAAGAGUACAGAAUUAUUAACAAACAAAAUGAUAGUUAUAAAUUAUAACAGUGUACUAUCACUUCGAAAAACAAACAUGUACAAAAAUUUUAAAGAUAUUGUUUAUAAGGCUGAUAUGUAUGAAUCGUUGUUCUACAAAAAAUGUUUUAACAAAAAUGAAAACGUUGCAAGCAUUUUGUUGUCCUUUUUUUUAUUUUUAAAUUUAUGUUUAAAUGAAAAUAUGUAUAAAAGAAUAAUGAAUUAUAUUUACUUAUUAAAUUUUGAAUUAAAAAAAUGCGUAGAAUAUUUAGAAAGUAGAAAGAAGGAUAUAAGAACGUUGCACAUAUUAUUUACGUACGUGAAGUCAUUAACACUUGGAAUUAAUUACAAUGACAUAUCAUUAUUUAUUGAAAAUAUCUUUCGCAUUAAUUUAAAUGAAAAUAAUGAGAAGUUAUUAAAAAUUUACAAAAAAUUAUUAAAUAACGAAAUUAGCAUAAGUAUAAUAUCAAAAGAGGCAAAUAAAAUAAACAGUACAAUUCAAAUGAUGAAUCACAAUUUGGGGAAAAGUGCAAAAGUAAUAAAAUCAGUACUACACAGCACAACAUAUAAGCUUUAA